AUGCUGAUGACAACGCAGUCGACCUACGCUGGUAGAGUGGGCCCUUCUAGCAUCGACCCAGCCUUGCUCGAGUCCGCUGACCUCGAGGUGUUGAACCUGGGCGCCGCUCUGUCGGACAGUUUUGGCCUGGCUCAGCCCAUAAUCGCCACGAACGGGAGAGAGCUUCUGCAGUCAGGUUGCCCCAACCCCAGUUUCCAAAACCCGUGCUACGCCCCCGACGGCGCAUCCUUCAUCUGCUGCGCCGCCGGAUGUGGGAACUUCAACGGCGCGCGGCCCACCUGCCAGGGGGGUGCUCCAGCAACGCAAACCAGCCCCCCCACGGGGACACCCUCGAAACCUCCCCCUACGAAAGCCCCAACCAACCCCCCCCCGACGAAAGCCCCUACGAAUCCACCCCCGACAAGUGCUCCCACAAACCCCACUACAAACCCUCCGCAAACCAACCCCCCCACAACGGGCGACUAUAACCCGCCUGAUAACCCUCCCAUGGUUAACCCGAUCGCCGCUUUCCCGGUUCCGUUAGGAAGUACCGCGACGCCCAUGGUUGCGAAUUACUGCCCGACCGCCAUGUGCUUCGUCUCCGACGGUUCGCGCGGGUUUUGCUGCCUAACCCAGUGCCCGGUAAACCCGAAAAGCUACCCGUACUGCUCGGGGGAUCGGAUUGGCGUCGCAUCUGGACCCCCCACGGGAAAACCCACGGCAGCGCCGGCAACUCCGACCCCAACCGCGGUUAUCCAGCAAAUUACCCCUAACCCGACCACUAACCCGACCCAAGCACCGGUGACCGCUAACCCAACCGCCGCCCCUGCUGCGCCCGUAACCGCGUCCCCGACCGCUAACCCGACCGGUCGCGACCGCCUGUUCAACAGCUACUGGCUGAUUCCCGGAAACAGCGCCCCGAGCAGAAAUGACGGCUGGUUUGAAGUGUCGGAAAACUUGGUUAACCCGGAUACGAAGUUCGGGUUAGGCGAGAACGCGGUUUUCUUCCGGAGUUUGAAGCAUCAUGGCGACCACGAGUGGGAGCUGCGCAUCGGGCCAAGCGGCCACGUGUACUCGAUCAAGACCUCCACUUCGGGGGGUGCCGAGCUGGUCUGCUGCCAGGCCUCCCAAACGCAAUGGAUGGACCGCGUCCUCCAAUCAUGCGUCAGCGACCUCCGUUACCCCGGUGCCUACACACUCCAGCAGGCCGGUUCGUACCCGCAGAAAUCCCCCAACCCGUUCCCGCUCUACUCCCCCAACCUGGGCGUCUCGACCGGGGCACUCGACCGGGGUAUCAGCGUAGUUACACUGCCCCAGCAAGCUCAGAUUUACGAGCGGGAUUUGGCGGAUAAGAACUUUUGGCAGUGGGUUUUGCUGCAACAGCACCUGAGGGACAUCGGGAACGGCAUCGUCGAACUGACGUACGUGUUCCACAACUUCGGGCCGUUCGACCUGCAGUUUGUCGACGCGCCCUGGGGCGGCUUCAAGUUCAGCCAAUUUCCGCAAUACGCAGUCGGCGAAAAGACCGGUGGGUACCACUUUGAGGACCACUCCGGUGCCUGGGAGUACACUCCGCCCGCGGACAGCUCCUCGGGGGGGUGGAUGGCCUUCGCCAAGACUCAAGACGCGGCCGCGGACGCGAUCGGCAUCGUGUACGCCCCCAACCAGAACACGCAGCCCUGGCCGCAGUCGCUCAUUCGCUUCGGGCGGCUUCCGACGGAAGACCUGAACGUCAUCGAGCAUAUUCACAUGAACCAGCCCUGGGAGAAAGUGACGGCGGCGCUCCCCGCGGGGGGUGUGUUUUACGCCCGGUACUACAUGGUGUUAAACAGCGUCGGGAACAUUGCGGGGGCCGUGCCAGAUUUGCAGCAACACGUCAGCAAGGGCCCGCUCCAGUUUUCCGCCGCGGAAACCGGAUUCAUGUCCGUCGGCGCCCCGAUCCCGGUCACGAGCUGGUACCCGAUCGACCACCCCCUGCCGCACUCGCUUCCGCUCUUCCUCCUCAAAUACGUCAGCACGGGGCAAACCGUCGUCAGCACGUCGCCAUACGCUUUCUACAACACCAACAACGGCAACACUGCUGACCCGAGAGGCACGCAGUACCUCAAGUUCUUGGGGUGGGGGGUAAAAGACACGGGCAGCGGAGCCCCCCAGGGGCUGGGCGCGAUGAAAUUGUUGUCGCAGAUUUUGCCGCAGGCUUGGUUCCCGGAUCCGUACUGGGGGGAUGCUGUCGUCAAGGCUGACGUGUGGGUUGGCGUUUGA